AUGGGCGAACGCAUACGGUUGUUCUCGACGACGUCCUACGUGGCGCCGGUCGUCGACAGCGCCGACGCGAGCUCGUCGCAUCAGCCGCCGACGAACGCGAUGGCGAAAUCGCAUUCGCUGAACAGCGUCGAGGAGAACGGAGCGCCAAUUUUCGUUUCGGCUCGUUGCCCGUCGAGUCGACGCUCGAACAAGGAGAAGCGCAUCGUCGUCGGAUCGCAAUUGUCGCUGCCCGGCGUCGAAGACGCCCUCAUCGACGACGCCGACGUCUCGCAACUCGGCAUUCUGUGCAAUCGAUGUUCAACGAGCGAUCUCGCGUGUUCAAAAAUGCAAAAGGAGCUUCCGUCGCCGACGGCUUCAUCGGUCUACUCGCUGGCGCGAUCCGAUUUGUCGAGCGAGCCGCUGUGCCGAAUAUGCCAUUGCUGUUGGCCGCCCGACUCGAACGAUCCGCUCAUCUCGCCGUGCCGCUGCUCGGGCUCCCUUCAAUACGUGCACGUCUCGUGUCUCAUGCACUGGCUCGACAUCUCGUCGCGCAAACUGCACCGUCCGGCGAUAUGCGAGCUGUGCCUCUACAAGUAUCGCCGACGACGUGUGCUCAAGUAUCGCGAGAUGAAGUUGCCGGCGUGCGCGCAAACCGACAUCCGCUACUACACGCUCUUCGUCGCCGCCAUUCUCAUGAUGAUGCUGUCGGCGUUCGCCACCAUCGUGUGUUUUCAGCUUGAGAAGUCCUAUGGACAUCAGGAGAGGGCUGCUGGCGCUUCGACGACGACCCCCACCACGACCUCCACCUCCACCAUCGCCACCACCAUCGCUGGCAGCAGCACCAACGAUGAGAGUUUGAUGGUGGGCGUUCGAAAGCGAAUCAGUAAGUCGAUGAAUAAUCCAAUGGGUGUCGAAUUGAUGUUGGUUGAAGGCGGCGGCGAGAAUCGUCGCGAGGACACCGAGAAUAUUCUGUCGACGGUCACCCUCAUCGCGGCGAUGGUCUUCUUUCUGAGCUUCUUCCUAGCCAUGUAUGCGCACGUCAAGUCGGGCCUCUCGUUUUGCGGCUAUUUGACGUUGUGCUGGAGCUCGAAUUUGGAGUGGUCGAUCGAGGAGUACAAGCAUUCGAGAGACACACAAUACCUCAACAAAUUGGAGGAGUUGCGGCGAAAAAUUAAUGAGAAGCAGAAGAAGGCGCCGGACGAGGUCGAGCCGCUGCGAAGCUCGGUGAUUGUGCUCGAGUAA